AUGGAUGCCUCAUCGCGAGGCGACCCGCGUCACCCCGCCUCCUCGGCCUCCCAGACCUUGACCGUGCGGUCAAAGCUGCAGAACCUGGCCGACUGCCUGUCCCAGAGCUUUGAGGCGCCGCUGGAGUCUUGUGAGGACAAAGCGGGGCUGCACACAUUCCUGGUGUACAACCACAGGAGGAAGGUCACCUCCUCCGCCAAGCGCAAGCUCAAGCCGGGGUCCACCCGGCUGCACCAGACCCCCGACGGAUCCUUCUACGACCUGCAGCGCAACGCAGCAGACCUGCUGGCCAACCACUGCGGCUGGGCCGUGGGCAGCGUGGUGGAGUACCUGGAGCGCGGCCCCGGCUUUGUAUUCCUGGCGCACCCCGCGCUGGGCCCGCUGUGGCAGGUGGUGGGCCAGAAGCUGCGCGGGGGCAGCCUGGCGCCCCGCGCGGAGCUGCAGCUGGAGGUGGCGGAGGCGUGCCUGCGAGAUGUGCAUGUGUGCGGCAGCCUGCGCGUGAUGGCGGAUGCGGUGCUGGGACACUCUGAGAUGCGGCCCGUGGAGCCUGCAAGCGGCGGUGGCUCCAGCGGCGGCGGGCAGGGCGGCGUGGGCAGCCACCGCACCACGCUGCUGGACAGCCUGCUGCGCUCCGCAGAGCCCGCCAACGGCAGCGGCAGCGGCAGCAGCAGCAGCCUGGGCAGCUCGCUCCGCCUGGUCGGCGCCUCUGCCGGCAACUCCCAAGGCGGCAACGGCGGCGAGGAGGGCUACAGCCAGCCCUGCACCUUCCCGCCGCCAGGCUGCGACCCGGGGGCCCCGCUGGAGCCUCGCCUCGUGUACAGCGAGCGGUGCGGCCGCCUGCGCCUGCACAACGUGCGGGUGGAGAAUGCGGGGGUGGACUGGGAGCACCCGGGCAACGUGUGGUGGAGGCACAGCCUGGCCCGCACCGAGAGCUGCCAGAUACUGCUGCACGGCGCCAGCGGUGACCGGGGCAGGGUGGGGCGCCAGCUGACCGCUGCCGGCGAGUUUGAGGCUCGCGACGUCACGCUGGCCGGCAACCUGGUGUUUGAGGUGCCAGACGGACACCGCAUGCUGGUGACGGCUGGGCCCGACGGCGAACUGCGCAGGGAGGUGCGGCCGCUGGAGCGGCCCAGCUGGCGGUGGCGGUACCGCCUGGGCGCCGAGGGCCAGGUGCAGCUGGACCUGCUGGAAAGUGGCACAGACGGCAGCAGCAGCAGCCCAGGCGCCGCCGCCGCCGCCUCGUGA